AUGUCUCCUCAUCGUAGCGAUACUCAAAGGUCUGAACUGACUGCUACAAUUGCCCAACAACUAAGUAUAGUACUCUAUGGGACCAUUAAGUUAGCUGUCGCCAUGUCUCAUCUCAAAAAUGAAACCACCCAAGGGGCACUAAAGAAAACGAAAACCAAGCCUUCAAGAAAGUCAAAGAAGUGUAAGGCUUCACAGAACUUCGUCAGGGUUGCCCAAAACAAUCAAGCUGCACCCAACCAACCAGCUCAACCCCCUGCAAAGAAACCUUAUGCAGGUACUGCACCGCUAUGCAACAGGUGUAAUGCACACCACCAAGCUCACCUACAAUGUCGUCAGUGCACAUCAUGUGGGCGACUUGGCCAUUUGGCAAGUGCUUGCCGAACUAUCCCGAGCCAAGGUGGUCCAAACCAACCUCAAGCCAACCCUGCUCAAGCUCAUUUUCCACCUGGUUCAUGCUACAACUGUGGCGAGAUGGGCCAUUUCAGAAACGAUUGCCCAAAUCUUGUUAAUGCAAAUCUGGCCCAUGGAUAA